AUGAAAAAAAUAUAUAUGUUUGUUUUUAUUUUUUUUUAUUUUUAUUUAAAUAUAUGUGCUUCAUCUCUAAUUCUAGACCCCUCGGAAGCCCAACUAUUAAAUGAUUUAGUUAAUAGUAUGAAUGUUAAUAUGACAGGGUUUCCAAUAAUAAGUGAGGGUGUUUAUGAUUUUUGUAAUUACUCAAAUCAAUAUAUGUUUUCUUGUACAACUAUUUCAAAUAAAGUUGUUUUAAUCUAUGCAGACAUUAUACAAACUAAUACUCAAAUUAUUGAAUCAAGUAGUUUUUCAUUUUCAAGUUUAAGUAAAUUAAAACUCUCAAAUUGUUACCUAUCACCAGAUUUUUUAAGCAAUGUUUAUGUGGAAUCUAUAACUUUAACUCUAUGUAAUGUUGUAAAGAUUGAUUCACCAAUUUCUCAAACAUAUUUAUCAAUAGUUCAUCCACCUAGUUUUCAAGGAGAGUUUAAAUUUUCAUAUUUAAAUAAAUUUGGAAUACUAGAAAUUGUUCCUAAUACAAGUAUUGGAGAAAUUUCAGUUACUUAUGUAAAUGACCUUAAAAGUGUUUUGGAUAUUGAUUUUUUAAGUUUAGUUGCAAAUUCUAUACCAUCUUUUACAAAUGUAAAUGUAAAAGAAUUGAAUUUAUAUUUAACAGAUUAUUUUUCAUACAUUAAUAAUGAUGUAUCAAACUUGGCAACAAUGACCAAAGUUCAAAAAUUAAAUUGUAAACUAAUAAAGUUUUAUUUAUCUUUUAGUGCAUUCAUUAAUAAUUCUACUAUAGAUUUCCCAAUAUCAAUAUUUAAUAUUCAAAAUUCAAUAAUGACAUCAUUAUCAAUAGGUGGAAUGAUAAAUAAACCAACCCAAAUGAUUGAAUUACCAGAAAACAAUAAUAUAACAGAAUUAAGAUUUGGAUAUACUUUUGGUGAAUUUUCAAUAAAUGGUAUGAUCCCAUUUUUAUCACUUCCAAAUAUCAAAAAAUUUGAAAUAAAUGGAGGAAAUUUUCCAAAUGAAAAAGAUUUGAAUAAAUUUUCAAAUGUUGACGAAUUAAAAAUAUUGUAUUCCAAUUUAAAUGUAAAGUUACCAAAAAAUAAUUUUUCAAUUUUAGAUUUAAGUAAUAAUAUGAUAUCAGGAACAGUUGAUUCAAGUUAUUGUACAAUGAAUUCAAUGUCUUUAGAUUUAAAGUUUAAUAAUUUAUCUGGAACUUUACCUUCAUGUUUUUCAUGUUACCCAUCAUCAUCAAGAAAUAUUUUUUUAUUUAAUAGUAAUUUGAAAUAUGACCCAACAUGUUCUACAAUUAAAGUUAAUAUUUAUAUUGAUAGAGUAAAUAAAAAAUUAAUAAUGUGGGGAAAUGAUAUUGGACUUAAUUCUCAAGAUUUUUAUACGGUACCAUUUUUUAGUUGGGAACCAACCAUUCCAUCAUACAGAUUUGAAUCUUCAUACUAUUUUAAUGAAUUAUUACCAUCAAAUGAAAUUGUUAAAACAGUAAAUGCAACUCAAUCACAACUUCCACCUAAAUGUUAUAGAGAGUGUAACAUUGGUGAAUAUUGUGAUACAAAUUCAUUAAAAUGUGUUUGCGCAGUUGGAUGGAGUGGUGAUGAUUGUAGUAUAAAUACCAAUAUAUAUGUAUCCUCGAUUGAUUCUGUUAAUGAAAUGGGUGGUGAUAUAACUUUAUAUGUUAGCAUUGAUAAUCAAAAUUGUCCAUUAAUUCAAAAUACCAUAACAAAUGUUUCAAUACAAUGUACUAUUUGGCCAGGUACAGGUAAAAAGUCAUUAUCAAUUCAACAAAAUGGAGUUUCAUGGUCAGGCUAUUUCAUUUAUGAAACAAGUGUUAAAAGUUGUUUAAAUAAUUGUUCAAAAAAUGGUGAUUGUAUUGUAAAUACAGGUGAAUGUAAUUGUAGAUCUGGAUAUACAGGAUUUGAUUGUAGCAUCAUUAGUGGUGGUGGUGGUGGUAAUGGUAAUGGUGGAGUACCAUCAUCAAAUACAACAAUUGAUAAUAAUGGUACAACAGUUAUAAAUAAUCAAAAAACAAGUUACCAAAUUUUAAUUACAAAAUUAAUUGAAUUUGAUGUUGAUAAAAAUGUAAUUAAAGAGUAUACAUUAGAUAAUAAAUGGGUAACAGAAAUGAAAAAUACAGAUGAUAAUAAUAGUAAUAAUAUUUAUCAAUUCUCUCAAACAUUAGUUCAAUCAUUAACAAAUUGUACUGUAUCAUAUACAGUUGAGGAGAUUAAAGAGAAAUCAAAACAUUACUCAUUUGCAGGUUAUAAUUUAACUUUAGAUAGUGGUUCAAUUAAAAUUUCGGUAUCAAUUAAUAAUUAUCAAUAUAAUUCAUUCUUAAAUAAUUUACAAUUACAAUUUCAAUCAUCAGUAACAAGUGAUAAUAAUGAUUGUAAUCAACAAGAUACAGAUAUUCAAAAUAGUAAUAACGAAUUAUUAAAUUAUAUAACAAUUAAAAAGGAUUCAAAAAUUAUGCAAGCCAGAUUUUUAAAUAGAAUACUUUCAGAUGGUAGAUCUUCAAUUAUCACAUCUGAGCUUGUUACAAAAUCAAGUGAUUCAGUUAUUGUUGGUUUAAAUUUACCAUAUUGUACAAAUUGUAUAAUUGACCCUGAUUUUUCCGUUUUAGUUACGACAUCUUUUAAAAAUGAUUGUGGUGAAAGUGAAAGACCUGCUUAUUUAAUUCCUGUGGUGGUUGUUUCUGGUGUAUUAGGUGUGGCUUUGGUUAUUGCUUUAUCUUUCUAUAUCUAUAAAAAGAAAUUUGUUGAAAAUCAAUUAUCUAAAAAACUAAAAAAAAUUGGAACCCAAGGUUCUUAA